CUUAAAAUUUUGUAUCGGCAUCAGUUCGGCUCCAACUCUCAGUAACAAUGAGGGUAGCAACCUUCGUGAUCUUGUGCUGCGCUUUGCAGUACGUCGUGGAGGCAUCGUUUGAUCUGGGAGACAUUGAAAAGCAAGGUCGGACGGAAAUUCUUAAUUCUACCGAUCAAAUUUCUUACGAUGCAGAUGGUAAUAAGAUCGAAACACAAAAAAUUGUUAAGCACAUCGAAUUAGAUAGCGAUCUACUUGGACUCUUAAAAGGACAAGGAAACGCUGGUGAAGAUCAUGUAAUGACACUAAAAAUUUAUGUGGAUGAAUUUGGAAGGGAACAAAUUAUAAGAGAGGAUACCAUAGUAACCAAACUACCAAAUUCUCCAUCACAAGCGUCAUCAUCAGCGGCAGCGGCCACCAGCACAGGUAUAUCUGUUGCAAGCAGACCAAGACCUGUAGCAGCAGGUGCCAAUGCAGCAGCUGCAGCGUCGGCAGCGACAUCGGCAGCUCAGAAUAAUGCGCAACGCCAAUAUAAUCGUGGACCGUUGGCUGGUUCCAGUGCAGCAGCAUCAUCAGCAGCAGCUGAACCUGCUGGUGGAUUCGAAACGCCUGUCAGAUCUGGCCGUUCACGUCAUGCUCACAAAAGCUCUUUCGUUCAAUCAACCAGAAAAACACCUGGAAAGAAAAUUUUGAUUCAAGAAGACGCCACUGAAGUGUCUACUUCAGUUUCUACUUCUUCAUCCAGUGAAGAUAUUUCAAACUAUCCUGAAAGGAUAAAUACGCCUUCUGGUGAUGAAACAAUAUCUGGUGCAGCAGCAGCUGCAGCCGCAGCCGCAGGCUCAGCAGGAGCAAGUAGUGCAAGAAACUACUACGGAUCUGGGUAUGGUCGUGGAUCUGACGCUGGUGCCGGUGCGUCAGCAGCAGCUGCUGUUGCAGCAUCAGCUGGAGCAGGUGGUGCAAACAACGCUUAUGAUAACGGAUACGCUUCUGGAGCAGCAGGAGCAGCAGCAGCUGCAGCCGCAGCCGCAUCUGCCGCAGGCGCUGGUAGUGCAGGAGGUGCCUACGGAUCAAAAUACGGACACAGAUCUGGUGCCGGUGCAGGAGCUUCAGCAGCCGCGGCUGCUUCCGCCGCAGCAGGCGCAGGUGGUGCAGGCGAUGCAUACGACUACGGAUACGACUCUGGAGCAGCAGGAGCAGCCGCUGCUGCAGCAGGUGCAAGUGGUGUAGGAAGUUCAUCUAGAAGAGGCGCAAGCUAUCAGCAAUAUGUGUCAGGAUACGACUCUGACUCAGUAGGAGCAGGAUCUGCAGCAGCAGCCGCAGCAUCUUCCGCCGCAGCAAGCGCUGGUGGUGCGGGCAAUGCAUACGACUACGGAUACGAUUCUGGAGCAGCCGGAGCAGCAGCAGCUGCAGCCGCAUCUGCCGCAGGCGCUGGUAGUGCAGGAGGAGCCCGCGGAUCAAGAUACGGACACAGAUCUGGUGCCGGUUCAGGAGCUUCAACAGCCGCAGCAUCUUCCGCCGCAGCAGGCGCUGGUGGUGCAGGCAAUGCAUACGAAUACGGAUACGAUUCUGGAGCAGCAGGAGCAGCAGCAGCUGCAGCUGCAUCUGCCACAGGCGCUGGUAGUGCUGGAGGUGCUUACGGAUCAAGAUACGGACACGGAUCUGGUGCCGGAUCAGGAGCUUCAGCAGCCACAGCUGCUUCCGCCGUAGCAGGCGCAGGCGGUGCAGGCGAUGCAGACGACUACGGAUACGAUUCUGGAGCAGCAGGAGCAGCAGCAGCUGCAGGUGACGGUACUGCGCUUGGGAUCCAAAGAUCUAGCAGACCUGGUCGUUCACGUCAUGCCCACAAAAAAUCUGUUGUGACAUCAACUCAUAGGACACCAGGUAAAAAAAUAUUGAUAGAAGAAAGUUCACUUGAAGUAUCUACGACGGUUAAUACUUCCGCAUCAAGUGAAGAAGAAGAAUCUUACGACUCGGGUGCAGCAGCAGCUGCCGCAGCCGCUGCUGCCGCUGCCGCGGAAGCCACUUCAGGUGCAGGAAGAACCUUCAGUUCAGGAGACAGACGUAGAGCCGGUGCCGGUUCAGGUGCUUCAGCUGCAGGAGCAGCAGCAGCUGCAGCAGGUGCAAGUGGUGUAGGAGGUUCACCUGGAAGAGGCGCAAGCUAUCAGCAAUAUGUGUCAGGAUACGACUCUGACUCAGCAGGAGCAGGAUCUGCAGCAGCAGCCGCAGCCUCAGCUGCAGCAAGCGGAACAGGAAACUAUUAUGGACCUGGUUAUGGACUUGGAUCUGGAUCUAGUUCAGGAGCAUCAGCAGCCGCAGCAUCUUCCGCCGCAGCAGGCGCAGGUGGUGUAGGCGAUGCAUACGACUAUGGAUACAAUUCUGGAGCAGCAGGAGCAGCUGCAGCUGCAGCCGCAUCUGCCGCAGGCGCUGGUAGUGCCGGAGGUGCCUACGGAUCAAGAUACGGACACGGAUCUGGUGCCGGAUCAGGAGCUUCAGCAGCCGCAGCUGCUUCCGCCGCAGCAAGCGCUGGUGGUGCGGGCAAUGCAUACGACUACGGAUUCGAUUCUGAAGCAGCAGGAGCAGCAGCAGCUGCAGCCGCAUCUGCCACAGGCGCUGGUAGCGCCGGAGGUGCUUACGGAUCAAGAUACGGACACGGAUCUGGUGCCGGAUCAGGAGCUUCAGCAGCCACAGCUGCUUCCGCCGCAGGAGGCGCAGGCGGUGCAGGCGAUGCAGACGACUACGGAUACGAUUCUGGAGCAGCAGGAGCAGCAGCAGCUGCAGGUGACGGUACUGCGCUUGGGAUCCAAAGAUCUAGCAGACCUGGUCGUUCACGUCAUGCCCACAAAAAAUCUGUUGUGACAUCAACUCAUAGGACACCAGGUAAAAAAAUAUUGAUAGAAGAAAGUUCACUUGAAGUAUCUACGACGGUUAAUACUUCCGCAUCAAGUGAAGAAGAAGAAUCUUACGACUCGGGUGCAGCAGCAGCUGCUGCAGCCGCUGCUGCCGCUGCCGCGGAAGCCACUUCGGGUGCAGGAAGAACCUUCAGUUCAGGAGACAGACGUAGAGCCGGUGCCGGUUCAGGUGCUUCAGCUGCAGGAGCAGCAGCAGCUGCAGCAGGUGCAAGUGGUGUAGGAGGUUCAUCUGGAAGAGGCGCAAGCUAUCAGCAAUAUGUGUCAGGAUACGACUCUGACUCAGCAGGAGCAGGAUCUGCAGCAGCAGCCGCAGGCUCAGCUGCAGCAAGCGGAACAGGAAACUAUUAUGGACCUGGUUAUGGACUUGGAUCUGGAUCUGGUUCAGGAGCAUCAGCAGCCGCAGCAUCUUCCGCCGCAGCAGGCGCAGGUGGUGUCGGCGAUGCAUACGACUACGGAUUAGAUUCUGGAGCAGCAGGAGCAGCAGCAGCUGCAGCCGCAUCUGCCGCAGGCGCUGGUAGUGCCGGAGGUGCCGGCGGAUUAAGAUACGGACACGGAUCUGGUGCCGGAUCAGGAGCUUCAGCAGCCGCAGCUGCUUCCGCCGCAGCAAGCGCUGGUGGUGCGGGCAAUGCAUACGACUACGGAUACGAUUCUAGAGCAGCAGGAGCAGCAGCAGCUGCAGCCGCAUCAGCCGCAGGUGCUGGUAGUGCAGGAGGUGCCCGCGGAUCAAGAUACGGACACAGAUCUGGUGCCGGUUCAGGAGCUUCAGCAGCCGCAGCAUCUUCCGCCGCAGCAGGCGCAGGUGGUGUAGGCGAUGCAUACGACUACGGAUUCGAUUCUGGAGCAGCAGGAGCAGCAGCAGCUGCAGCCGCAUCUGCCGCAGGCGCUGGUAGUGCCGGAGGUGCCCGCGGAUCAAGAUACGGACACAGAUCUGGUGCCGGUUCAGGAGCUUCAGCAGCCGCAGCAUCUUCCGCCGCAGCAGGCGCAGGUGGUGUAGGCGAUGCAUACGACUACGGAUUCGAUUCUGGAGCAGCAGGAGCAGCAGCAGCUGCAGCCACAUCUGCAACAGGCGCUAGUAGUGUCGGAGGUGCUUACGGAUCAAGAUACGGACACGGAUCUGGUGCCGGAUCAGGAGCUUCAGCAGCCGCAGCUGCUUCCGCCGCAGCAGGCGCAGGUGGUGCAGGCGAUGCAUACGACUACGGAUACGAUUCUGGAGCAG